AUGUAUGCCAAGCUCAACAAGCGUGUUGACUACUUGUUGGACAACUUAAGCUCCAAUGAUCUUCUUGAUCAAAGCAAGGUCCUCGAAAUUUUGAACAAGAGUUUCGACCCCAAAGAAAAGUUUGAUUAUGAAAAAUUGAAAGAGGAAAAGGGUUCGGAUUUACGCAAGGGUUUGAAAGACUUGGAAUUCUCCAAGGAAGAAAUUGAAAGCACUCCACCAUACAACGAGAUGAUUGAGGACUUAUUUGUUCAAAUAAAAGAGGAUCACCCAGAAGCGGCCUCUGACGGUGAGAAGUUGCUUGGAUACAUUAAGGAACACAGAGCUAAAAUCGAUGAUGUUUUGCUGAAGCAAACAAUAAAGCUUGAUGAGUUGUUGUAUCAAAAAUCUUUACUCAUCAGCAGUGAGGAUUACCAUACCGGUUUUGACCGUUCCUUUUUGAAUAAAGACAAAGAAGAAGAUGACGAGCCUCCUCAACCUAAGAAGACUGUCACCACUGUUGAGACUAUCAACUCUCCCCAGAAGGCAGAUACUUCGUCUCUGCAGCCCAAGACUGAUGAAGAGGCGUUUGAUGAGCUUCAAGUAUUACCGCAAACUGCUGAGUUUGCUAAAAUUCCUUACAAGGAGCUUGAGAAAAGCGCCCAAUUCCUUAUUGCACAUCCAUCUAUCUGCACCGAACAUCAGAAGGAUUCUUUGAUUAUGACUGCAUUUGACCGCCAACUCGAGGGCGACACCAACGGAGCCAAGCAAAUCAUUUACCAGUCUUUGUUAUUGCAAUAUAUUUCGCAAUUGGCAGGGCCACAUGCAUCCAAAGACCAGACUAUCAGAGCUGUGAAGCUUUUUUUUCACCAAGCUCAAGGAUUCGUCUUUGCCAGCAAGCAAAGCUUUUGA